GAUUUCCCCUGCGCAACAAAGAGAGGAGCACCGAACAAUAUACUCAGCCACGAAUAUUCAGUGCUUUUUUUUGGUCUUUUGCAAUAUGUCCGGAGUGUGAAACCCUCAAAUGCAUCACAACCUUUCUUCUUGGUGCUUCUGCACGUUACACGCAGCAAAAAUGGACUCUCUGCUUCAAGACCUACCCCUCUUGUCCGGUAUAAUCCUAGCCAUCCUCGUCCUAUCAAUCUUUGUAGUAUUCAAAUCGGCAUCAUCAAGCAAACUCAAAACACCACCAGAAGCCGCAGGGGCAUGGCCCAUCAUAGGCCACCUGCCCAUUCUAGCGAAAUCCAAGCUUCCCCACAAGACCUUAGCAUCCAUGGCCGACCAGUACGGACCCAUCUUCACCAUCCAGCUCGGGAUGUUCCGGUCCGUAGUGGUGAGCGGUUCCGAGAUGGCCAAGGAGUGUUUCACCAAGAACGACAUCGCGCUGUCCACCCGGCCACAGCAAUUGGCCCAGAAGAUCCUGGGCUACUCCUUUGCCAUGUUCCCAUUUGCACCUUACGGCCCGUACUGGCGCGAGUUGAGGAAGAUGGCCACCUUGGAGCUGCUCUCGAACCGGAGGGUCAACUCAUUGCUCAACCCUAUUCAGGCCUCAGAAGCGGACGUGGCUAUUCAAGAGCUGCACGAGCUUUGGAUUGAGAGCAAGGAUGACUCAGGCCAUAUCAUAGUGGACUUGAAGCAAUGGUUCGCGAAGUUGACUCUGAACGUCAUCCUGAGAAUCGUGGCCGGAAAACGCUACCGUGCAGCGGACGAGGAAGAGAAGCAGCGGUGCCAAAAGGCAUUACGAGCGUUGUUCCGCUUCUUUGGGUUGUUUUUAGCGGCAGACGCUCUUCCUUUCCUGAGGUGGCUCGACUUAGGUGGACAUGAGAAGGCCAUGAAGAGGACUGCAGAAGAACUAGACGAAAUUAUAGGUGGUUGGUUGGAGGAACACAAGAGGGAUAAUAAGGAUUUGAGUGAGACCAGUGGGAGUAGAGAUUUCAUGGACGUCAUGCUUUCGGUCCAUAACGAUGAUGAAGUUGGAGGUUAUGAUGCUGAUACGAUUAUAAAAGCUACAUGCUUGGCGAUGAUUGCAGGCGGCAGUGAUACCACGAUGGUUACCCUUACAUGGGCAAUCUCGCUGUUGCUCAACAACCUUCAUAGCUUGAAGAAAGUUCAAGAAGAGCUCGAGGCUCAGAUCGGCAAGCAGAGGCAUGUGAAAGAAGCGGACAUCGCUAGCCUAACCUAUCUUCAAGCCAUAGUGAAGGAGACCCUCCGGUUACACCCGGCGGCCCCACUAUCGGCACCGCGCCUAUUCACUGAGGAUUGCACUGUCGGCGAGUACCACGUGCCGAAGGGCACAAGGUUGAUCUUGAACAUAUGGAAAAUCCAAACUGACCCCGAGACUUGGCCCGAUCCAAUGGAGUUCAGACCCGAGAGGUUCCUGAGCAGCCACAAGGAUGUCGAUGUGAAGGACUCCAACUUUGCACUUCUACCAUUUGGAGGCGGCAGGCGAAUCUGUCCUGGAAUAUCUUUCGCACUGGAGAUGGUGCACUUUCUUCUAGCUAAGUUCCUACAUGCAUUUGACAUAUCGACUGUAGACAAUUUGCCGGUAGAUAUGUCUGAGAUCUUCGGAAUGACAAAUUUAAAGGCAACCCCACUUGAAGUUAUCCUCAAGCCAAGAUUGGGUCCAGAGUUCUAUCAGCUGAGGUAAUGGAGAGUAUAUUUGUGAAAGGAAAGCAUUGUAAAAAUGUAUAAUUAAGUGAAUGUGGAUGCUCUCUCUCCAUGUAUGUUUCUUAAAAGACAUAAUGACGUAUUUGUAUUUUCCAUAUUGAAGUUGCUGCCGGAACUUCACUUGCAUGAAAAGGCUUACGAGCUCGUAAUUGCAUUGCGA